AACUUCGGGACGCACAAGGUGCACACCAACCCCCCUAGUCAAGCCGACACGACCACCAGCACAAUGCCCGACCCCUCUGCCGAUGCUGCCCCCGAGCUGGUCCUCUACGACCUCAAGUGCACCAAGGACGUGUGCUUCUCCCCUACCGUGUGGAAGAUCCGCCUGAUGCUCAACUACAAGCGGAUUCCGUACCGGACCGAGUGGCUCGAGUUUCCCGACAUCAAGCCGACGCUUGCGCCGCACGUCGGACCCCUGCCCGAAGGCGCGACCAAGUACACGGUGCCGACGAUCCACCACGUCGCAAGCGACACGUGGCUGAUGGACUCGGCCAAGAUCGCGCCGUGGCUCGAGGCGACGUACCCCGCCCGUCCCGUCAUCCUCUCCGCGCCGCUGUCCGACGACGUGACCGCGCUGGUGCGCACCGCAGGCGGCAAGGCGCAGCAGGUCAGCCUGGCGCCGCGCGAGCCGGCCAUCCUGUCCCCGCGCGCAAAGGCGUACUUUGUCAACAUGGUCGAAGGGCUGAUUGGGCACCCGCUCCAGCAGCUGCUGGCGUACGAAGACGGUGCUUGGGCCGGCGCGGACGAGGGCCUUCGCAGGACGAGCGAGAUGAUGCUGCGUAACAAGGAUGAGGGGCCCUGGAUCGAAGGCGCCGAGCCCAGCAUGGCUGACUUCUUCAUUGCCGGCGCCAUGCAGUGCGCGCGGGCUAUCCACGAGGGGACGUGGGAGAGGGAGUACAAGUACGAAGGGCUCAAGCGGGCCUACGACGCGUGUGGCCUGUUGCUCGAGCGCGGGAGUUACUAGAUGGGUUAUGUAGAUGGACUAUGAAGUGGUGUGUGCGAGG